AUGGUGUUCGCCGACGUUGGUCGCGGUUCGCCGGAUCGACGGGGCAGAAGCUCGAGUAUCGCCAGCGGCCCUGUUACCGGUGUGUUGCACCGACCUCGACUCGAUAGCGAUGCUCGCAACUCUUCUCGUCAAUCCGCCCAUCCUGAACCUGCCGUCAACACGACCCAUUUAGCCGAUGAAAAGCCUGUCGCCAGUGGCAAUGGCGUCUCAGCCUAUAUAUCCCUAGCGGAACCGGUCUUGUUCCUGCAAGGCUUCGACCCAAAUGAUGCUUCGACACACGGCACCACGAUGCUUCGCGGGAGCCUCUUAUUACGUGUCCAGAAACAAGCAAAACUGAAGUCGAUAUCUCUCAAUUUCCGUGGCAAGUCCGAGACGGAGUGGCCGGAGGGCAUUCCGCCCAAGCGCGUCGAGUUCAAAGAUGCCACCACCAUCAUGAACCACACUUGGUCGUUCUUCAAUGCGCAAAUUCCUCAGGCUGAGUACAGCUAUGGUGCAGAUAUCGUUCAACUACACAAAGGUCCCUCUGUUGAGUCGAAGGACAUCGGGGUGACGGUAUCAUCCUUUGAUCUCUUCCAGCGUAGCGCAUCACCCGCCAAAGGCCCUACUUCCCGAGACACGAAGAGAUUGUCUCUGCAGGCGAACCAGUCCCGAAGCUUCGGAAAGGGCGAUACCAUCAACGGGGGCCCCACUGUUGCUCAGAAAGGCUUCAAAUUGUUCCAUCCCGGGGACUAUGUUUAUAACUUUGAAUUGCCCCUCGACUCCAGACUCCCGGAAACGAUCAAUGUUGACCUUGGCCAUGUCAAAUACGAACUGGAGGCCCUUGUGGAACGAUCUGGUGCCUUCCGUGCCAACUUGGUGGGCGCAAAGGAGCUCACCUUGAUCAGAGCUCCGGCAGAAGGCUCUUUAGAACAGGUAGAACCCAUCGCCAUAUCUCGAAAUUGGGAAGACCAGUUACACUACGACAUCGUCAUUUCCGGGAAGUCCUUCCCGCUAGGCUCUUCAGUGCCCAUUGCCUUCAAGUUGACUCCAUUAGCGAAAGUCCAAUGUCACAGGAUCAAAGUCUUCGUCACGGAGAAUAUACAGUACUUUACGAAUAAUAAGAAGGUGCACCGAUUGGAACCGACAAGGAAAGUGCAACUAUUUGAGAAACGUGCGGACGGCCACAGUGUGUCCACGUAUCCCGGAAGUUCUAUGCGUAUUCUAGCUGGAGGUGGUGUUCCCUACGAUUAUCGGCAAGCUGCUGCGGCUGGCGACGAGGAUAUCCCCACAGAUCAGACGAAUCUGUUGGGUAACCUCGACAGUGACGCUGGAAGUAUCGGUCCCACGGAAAUGGAGUUCAAUGUGCAGCUUCCUAGCUGCCAUCAGAUGAAAGAAAAAUUGAGGAGUGAGCGGCUUCAUUUCGAUACCACAUAUUCUAAUAUCCAGGUGAAUCAUUGGAUCAAGAUUGUGAUGCGUUUGUCUAGACCAGAUGAGAAUGACUCAACUAAGCGUCGGCAUUUCGAGAUCUCGAUCGAUUCACCUUUCAAUAUUCUCUCAUGUCGCGCAACCCAGGCAAACAUUUCAUUGCCAGCUUACAGUGCUGGUGGUACAGUACCCUCUCCUGCGGAUGAGUACGAAUGUGGCUGCCCAGGGGCUGCGUUAAGGAGACGCAACACUCCUCCCGUGUCCCAGCCUCAAAUCCCAGUGUCCAGUGCGCCAGGCCAGUCUAAUCCGGGCGUACAACGAAGUUGGACAAAUGAUUCUGGCGGGUUGACACUGCCUACUCAGGCUCAUGUCCACAACGACCCAAACACUGGACAAGCAAGACCGAUGCAUUUACUUCGAAGUCCGUCAUUCAACCCACCAGCCUUUGAUGAGGAUGAGCCUCCACCGCCGUUGGUCACUCCGCCUCCGUUGUACGACAACGUCGUUUCUGGAGACUCAACUAGUGCAUUGGCGGAUUACUUUGCCCGUCUCGCCGAUGAGACCUCGGAUGAAGACGAGCGCUUGGAUCGGUCACGGGUGGACUAUCCCCUUACCCCUGGUGGGCGGGUGAACAGGAGUAUGGACAUCACGCGAACCUGGAUUCCAAUCGGUGGAACUACCACUGGAACGUCUCACACACCCUCAAGGCUGGCCAACUCAACUCCUGUUGCAAAUUAG